UUGGUGAGGGAGUCGUGACGUCACAACCCGGAUGCACAUUGCUGGUUGGUCAACAUCUUCUGACGUCACUAAUCACACCCCGGGAACUUAUAAUAAAAACAAUCCUCUGGAUGCAACACACACGGGUCGGUUUUUCUUGCAAUUCCACAGCGUUUCCUGAGGACAAAGAUAGAAGGGUGGUGAUGAUAAGAUUUGCCAGUGCUGCGUUGCGUAAGAGUGACUAAGAGGGGCGAGGAGGUGAUGCUGUAGAUCGCAAAGGUUGGACGGAACGACAAAAAGUUGUUUCUGUAUUGUGACCGACAGCGUAGCGCCAAGGACAUCGCCAGCCCAGGUGGUGCGGCGGCACCAAAUGUAGUCUGCACAUCAACUUUGCCGUCUUUGUGCGGCGCCGUGACGCGUCGCCUCGUAACGUGACGAAACUGCAACUCAUUCCUGGGCAGCCAAUUUGCUUUAUGUAGCGGAAAAUGAGACUGUCAGCCAUCUCCAAUUGUGCCCGCAGGACGUUCGCCCCUGCCGCGCCCGCCACAGCUGGUCGCAACACGGCACUGGCAGGCAGGGCAGGCCGUGAUACAGGCUGAGUAGUCCUGCAAUACCCAGAUGCAGGCCAGGGCGUGGGGCAAGGUGGGCAUUGUUCCUCGGGGAAAGUGUUUAUACUUGCGUGGCGGGGCGCGGGAGCAUCAUACCUCAGGCAGGCUGGUGCAGCGGACUGGUUGGUUUUGUCGCUAACUCGCCAGUGUGGUAAGACGUCCCGCUCUUGCCUUUACUCUCUCCGCGGCCUGGUGCGGCGAUACCACAGGUGCAGCAGUGCAAUGUGCGGGGCAGCGAGGUGGUGAGGGAGGCAGAGGUGGAAGGUAGUGUCCGGUGUGUGGAUUACUCGCCGCCAGCGUGUUGAAGUCCCAGCGAGCGGCAAGGCUCUCCAUCUUUGUCAGCGUCUGGAGCCAAUACGAGGCAAGGCAGGCGGGUUGAGUGCGCCAGGCCGAUGUGUGGCUGCGUGUCGCGGCAGCACUAGUUACCACGCCCCCACGCCUCCACGCCAGCAUGACGUGCCCUCUCUCCUGUUACUGUGGACUCAUGUGCCGCUGCGGCUGCAUCCCGUCCCCAGAGGUGCCGCCCCUCUCCUCGGGCGGCUCGCUAGGGCCGGAGACCAACCGCAGCCACACGGUGUACGUGUUGCUGCUCGGGGCAGCCGAGACGGGCAAGUCCACCAUCAUGAGGCAGAUGAAGAUUAUCGACAGCGGUGGCAUGUCGCCCGCCUCCCUACGCUCUUACACGCGGCACGUGCUGGAAAACGUUCUCACGUGUGUCACGAGGCUGUCGGCGGCCGUACAGCAGGCUGCCAUCCCCUGGGGUUCACCCGAGGCCGCCCAUGCCGCCACCGUCCUGUCCGCCGUGACGCCCAAGGACUGGGGCCUGUGUGAGGACGGCCACGCCCCCGCCCUGCUGCCCGCAGAUCACGCCCACCUCAUCCGCGUGUUGUGGGAAGACAUGGCGGCGCAGGAGUGCUGGCUGCGCGCCAACGAAUUCAACCUGCCGGACAGCACAGACUACUACCUGGCUGCAGCAGAUCGCCUCAGCCAGCAGCCUUACCUACCCACGCAGGAGGACGUACUACAGCUCCGUAUCCCCACACGCUCGGCCACCGUAUACGACUUCCACGAUAGGAACUGGACCUUCCGCCUAACGGAUGUGGGCGGCCAGCGCGGCGAGAGGCGAAGGUGGAUUCGUCUGUUUGAUGAAGUGAACGCCAUCAUCUUCCUAGCGGCACUGAGCGAGUAUGACCAGACAUGGAGCAAGGAGGAGGAGGACGGCAUGAACAGACUGGAGCUGUCCAUGCAGCUGUUCAGGGAGACCAUCAACUACCCGGGCUUCUCCAACACCAGCAUCAUCCUCUUCCUCAAUAAGACUGAUGUGCUGCAGAAGAAGAUCACCACAUCUGACCUGUGCCGCUACUUCCCAGAUUUCUCUGGCCCGCGAGGUGACACGCGCGCCGCCACGGAUUACAUUCGUAACAGGUUCAUGAUGCACGCGCGGGACAGAGACAACUUCUUUUCUCACGAGACUUGUGCCACGGACACCAAGAAAACGCGGUUUGUGUUCGCAGCGGUGCGGGAAAGUAUCUUAUGGAAUAACAUUAGACUCUUCAUGGAUCCUUUCCAUUGAGAGGCUCCCAUGCGCUGCCUGGCGCCGCGUAGUAUGGGUGCAGCCCUCAAAGAAACACUUGUGUGAAUUCUAACAUAGACUCUCUAAAAGUUACCUCGAUCAUACAAUUCAAUAGUACAAGUAAGUUUAUGUCACUGUGAUAACACGACAAUGCGAGACAAAGGUGCAGCAGGAAUGUGGCGCUCUGUGUGUGAAUGUGUGUGAGCGGCACCGCGCGUGUGUGGCGUUGCGUGUGUAUGGUACUCCCGCAGAAUUACCCGGGGAGGAACUGGCAUUAGUGAUCAAAGUGCAAACGUUCAGGCCGUUAAUGACGUUGGGCAGACACGCGCAGUGAGGUGAACGUGCCUUGUGUCACGCGCCAGCUGGCGGGUGGCGACGCUUGACCAUUGUUUUGCUUGAGCCAGCCAACCAGCCAGCCAGCCAGACCCACACCCUUCACCUUCGCUCGCCAGACAAAUGUGUACACGUCAUCAAGCAAAUCUGUUGUAAAAAGCAAUAAAAUACAAGAUGUGUUUGUUUAUA